AACUUCUCGCGAUGCGACAAAGGGACCGCGCUUUAUCAUUCCCUGCAUGGGCUGCAUGGUGGUCUCUGCGAUUUUGACGCGAGAUAGGUCCGAAUAAGGGCGAUAUUCGAUCGGCGAAGGUAAAGGUAAAGCGCGAGUGUCGACGCCGAGCAUUUUCAUCGGCAGCCUUCCAACUUGGAGCGGACGAGUGUGGCGUGCGUGAUCGAAUCCUGCCAACUAUUUCCGGCGGCUUGGCGCCUCCGGUCGCGAGUGACGUUUACUACUCCCCGUGCUCUUCUGGGUGUGUUGCUGCCAGAGUCGGCGGGGCGAGAGGCGAGGGACACGUCUGUCUGUGCACGUCAGCUGGACGAGAUUUUGCGUCAGAAGGAUAAAGCUGAAGUCGACUGUUGUAUCCCGUCGCGAACCAGCGCGAGAUUUCGUCAUCGUACAUAUAUAACAUCAUCGGUCUCGUGGCGACUUCCUUUUGAAGUUCUGCGUGACCCUUGGCACUGCUGCUUGCGCCCCGAUCCGCGGAAAAGAUGGGUUUGACGAUCAGCAGCGUGCUCACACGGUUGUUUGGCAAGAAGCAGAUGCGGAUACUGAUGGUGGGUCUGGACGCUGCCGGUAAGACCACUAUACUCUACAAGCUAAAACUCGGCGAGAUUGUCACCACCAUACCCACGAUCGGAUUCAACGUCGAGACGGUCGAGUAUAGAAAUAUUUGCUUCACCGUGUGGGACGUGGGCGGCCAGGACAAGAUCCGGCCACUGUGGAGGCACUACUUCCAAAAUACCCAGGGUCUCAUCUACGUGGUGGAUAGCAACGACCGGGAACGUAUCAGCGAGGCGGAACGCGAACUGGCAAACAUGUUGAAGGAGGACGAGUUGCGGGAAGCGGUGCUAUUGGUGUUUGCCAAUAAGCAAGAUCUACCCAAUGCCAUGACCGCUGCCGAGCUUACGGAUAAGCUAGGCUUAAAUUCAUUGCGAGGACGUCACUGGUACAUACAGAGUACCUGUGCCACGCAGGGACACGGAUUGUACGAGGGUCUCGACUGGUUGAGUAACGAGUUAGCCAAAAAGUGAUAGCGCCUCAUUGUAAUCAGUAUCUUUAAGGACAAUUUAUUCAUCGAUAUGGACGUAGAAUGGACAGAAGUCACUCAGCAAUUUCCAUCUUUGAUCAAAUUGUAUCAUCUAUAACAGUACAGUAACAAUCAUGUACAGUUUAACAGUAACAGUUUCUCUAUGAUUAUAAUUGCUUACAGAAAUUGACGCAAAUGCAAACAGAGGAAAUUAGAGCGAUCUGUCAAAGUUUUUAUCUCCUAGGUACAAUAAAAUUUGUACGAACUGUGUUUCAAAAGCAAAACUUGUUUCAUAGAAAAGAAAUGUGUGAAAGCAUUAGAUUAUAAUAUAGAUGUUUUUGCAUCAUUUAUAAAAACACAUACAGAGGUUGUACAUAAUUCUAAGUUCCUUUAUACAUAUACUUAUGAUUAGGUAAAUUCUAAUUCUACUUUUUGAUAAAUCGAGUGACAUCUCCAUCAACAGAUUUAAUUGCGAAAAAUUUAUUUAUUUACAUGUUAUAUUAGACAUAUAAAAAAAAUUAUUGGAUGGCAAUUUAUUUCCUAUAUCUUAAUCUACGUCCAUACUAUUCAUUAGAAAUGACAUAUAAUGUAUUAUGUGAUGUUACAUAUACAGGUCGUUUGCACUCUAUCCUGUUCUAACAGAUAAGUAAAUUUUUGAGAUAAAUAAUUACUAGUUUAUAAGGCUUAUAGAUAAGUACUUGAUUAACUUUAAUAUCGUGAAAAGAAAUAAAAAUAAUGAUUUCUGAGCUGCAAUUCUCAUUUUUAAUAAAAAUAGACAUUUAAAAACUGUAAGCAGCAAGUUUAAAGAGGAGGUCCAUUGUCAUAAUAAACUCUGAAAAUAUAGAAAGGAUAUACAAGUUAA